UCCAGCCGAGGCGCCGCCAUGACGGAGCGGCCCUGGCCGGAGCGGAGCCCGCGCGCGGUGAGUCCGCCGCGGCCCGUCCGGCCGUCCCGCCGCCUGUCCCGCGGCCGUCCGUGCGCCCGCCGGACUGGCCGGCCGCGGGAAGGGGCCGCGGGGCGGGCCGAGGGCGUCGGAGUCGGCGGGCGCUGGCCGGGAUCGCGUUAGAGGAAGCGCGGGGGGAGGCGCAGCCCGAGGCCGGCGGCGGGGCCGAGCCGGGCCAGGGAAGCCGUCGCGGGGCCGCGAGGCCCCCGGGGAUGAGGGGGACGGGCGAGCCUCGCGGGCCUCGCGCGGGGGCCGAGGUGGAGGUGGGCAGGGGGCCGGGGCGCGCCGUUCCGCCCAGCCCCGGCCCGGGUGGCAUCUCCCCUCCCCAUCAGCCGGGGCAGAAGGCCCCUCCACCCCCGUCUGUGCGCUGCAGACCCCUCUCGGCCCAGGCCAGGCCCUCCCUCCCCCCACCGGCCAGCAGCCCAGAACCUGGCCGUGUGUCCGCGGCAGAUCUCGGUGCCCAGCGCAGGUCCCCACGUGAGGACAUCAUCCCCCCACACGGGCCCCCUUUACCCCCUCGAGGUCCCCCAUCAACUCCGCUUCUCCCUGCGUAGACUUCAUCCCGGGACCCUGGAGGGUGCUGAGGGGCUGCGGUUCUUCACCGCGGAGAAUCUGCCUGGGGCGCACUUCCCUGCUCACCGGAGAGAAGGGCCCCUGGCUGCUGACUGCAUCCGCCUGCUGCCACCUGGGUUUGUCUGGAGCUGCUGGGACUGUCCUGGGAUCCAGCCUGCUUGCCCCCUGAGGCCGGAGAGAUGCUCCCAUUGGCCAAAGCCCUCGCCUCCCCCAGGAAUCCCCAGACCCCCGCCUUGGGGGAGCAGGACGGGGCUCCUCAGCCGGCCAGCCCCGGGGAUACUGAGGCCUGGCGCCUGCGUUUCCGACAGUUCCAGUACCGCGUGGCAGGCGGGCCACACCGUGCACUGGGUCAGCUCUGGAUGCUGUGUCGCCAGUGGCUGCGGCCCGAGGCGCACUCCAAGGAGCAGAUGCUGGAGCUGCUGGUGCUGGAGCAGUUCCUGGGUGCGCUGCCCAGCAAGAUGAGGACCUGGGUGCAGUCGCAGGGCCCCCGAACCUGCAGGGAGGCCGCUACCCUGGUGGAGGACCUCACACAGAUGUCGCAGCAGGAAGGUGAGGGGACGGGCCUCAUCCCUAAGAGCGAGUGGCUGCCGGGGGGAGCAGGUGCCGGGUUUGGGUUCUGGCCAAUGUCUCCAUGGCCCGGUGCCCAAGGAUCGCGCUUCUUUUUCCUUUCGGACUCAGAGUGUCGCAUCCACCCGCACUGCUCCCACCCACCCCCCACCCGCUCCUGUCCCGUUCCCUCCCCCGACAGCGGCGCCCCAGGCCAUCCGAGCAAACCCCCUGCCUGCAAUGUCCACCAGUGCACAUUGUCGUACACACACGUGUGUUUUUCUUUGUUUUACAUAAAUGUCAUUGUGCUGCACGCCUCUGUCUGCCUCACUUCUCUCGCUCAGCGGGUAGUUGAGGAUUUCUCCAUUUUACCAUGUGUCCAUCUGGCCUGUGGCUUUGCAUUUGUCUGCUCUCCCUCAGAAGGACCCCGGGCCUCUCAGCCCACACGAGGUGCUGUGAACCAUGUCCCCCCACCCCCUACCCCAGGUCCUGUCGAGGAGUCCUGGAGGCUACCAGUCCUCCCCUGCAUCCAGUCCACGGGGCGCAGACCCGUCCCAAAAGCCCAACAGCUGGUAAUGGAGACUGACGCCUAGGUCCACAGUUGUCACAGAAUGGGUGUUGCAAAGAGCUCAGCAGACAGAGGGGUCUCAGGUAGCUGCAAGGUCUGCAGGUGAAUCUAACACCACCUCUCUCCCUCGGCUCCCCUUUCUCCUGCAGGGGCUUUGUCCUCCUGCUUUCUUGCCCCUGUGACCCUGUGUAGAAUUGCCAUCCUCCCAAGCCCCAGUCCCAAGGAAUGGGGCUCCCUCUUUCCUAGUAAUGUCAACAAAAGUGCAAACCCUGUCACAUCUGGAGGAAGUCAACCCUCAGGGCCUGGCACAGGUGCUGUGAUCAGGGUGUCUUCAGACCCUAGGUUCAGAAAAGCCUUGAAAUCUACAGAAAACAGGGUUCCCAGGUCUCCACACUGCCCGCAGGAAGCAGGCUAACAUGCUCGGGAAAGUUUUGCAUACUGCAUUUUGCAGAGGCAAGAAGAGCAUAGUCCAAGUUGGAAGGCACUGAUUGGCGUCAUGGAGUCUUGUUCCCAGGUUCCUGGGGAAUCAUGAAGACGUGCAAGGCAGAUAAAGUGGCCCUUGGAACUCACUGUUCCAGGAACCAAGGGGCCAGAAAGCUUUUGUGUCUGGCCCUAGGUGGAACCAUACAGCACCCAGGGCCUCAAGCUUAGGAGGCCCAGGCUGGUGUUAAUGCUUUGCUGUCACCAUCUUGAGGUUCCCUAUCAUUUUUCAACAAGGGGGUUGCGUACAUAUUUUGCAUGGAGCCAGGCUGUGGUCCUAUGGACAGGGAGGUAGUUGGAGUAGCAGGUGGCUGGGCCUGAUAAGGCAUCUCUACCUGCAUGUGAAUGCCUGGAAGUCAGGGACACAGGCAG